AAUCAGUUAUAAAGAUGGUGAAGAAAGUGUUGAAUGUUGGAGACAAAUCUACUAAGGAGGACCUUGGAUUAAAUGAUACAGUUCACACAAAUGAUACGGAGACAUCUACCGUAACUGGAGCUUUGCUGUCUGACAACAUGACCAGUGACGGCUACAUGUUACCUUGUGUACAGGACCUCAGAGAGAAGGAUGUGUCUAAGCAGUCAAGCUCUGUUGACCAGCCAAACAUGCCUAUCCCUGGGGACACAGGAACCAGCACCAAGUCGUCUACUCCUCAGGGUACCGAAGAGCGUUCUGGUGCUGUUGAUGACCAAUCGGCCUCCAUAGUAACUAAGCUGGAGGACCAUGAACAGGUGCCCAGUAGUCAGGAUGAGCGGCCAAUCGUGACACUCCUUGACAGGGAGGAGUCAGAUGUACCGCUGUUAGACCUGGUCAACAAGUGUCUCACCAAAACACCAAGGCAGAAAGUAGGAAGCAAGAAAAAACUGAAUUCAACAAAAAGAGCAAGUGUAUUCUGUACUUAUGUGCAGAUUUUGUUGAGGAAUUCACUGCCAGGGACAUGCACAUUGAAAAGAAUCCCCCCUGGUGUCAGACCAGAUUUAGGAGGACAGGACAUUGACAGCCAUUCAUCAGAACGGAAGGUUUCAGCUGACAACAGCUUCAUCAUUGUCACUAAGGAUGUGUUGUCUGAGGCCAGUAACACUACAGGGUCCAACAGUACACAGCCCAUCCCGCCCAGUCAGUCAGCAUCCUCACUGUCUGUCCACAACAAUGAAUCCAUCGAUACAUCUGUUCAGCUGGACAUUACAGUGGACACAUCAUCUCAGCUGUCCUCACCAACCCCUGACAAGAGUGUGGUUGAGGUUGUCAUGCCAACUGUGUCUGUGCCUGUAGCUACAGAGGCAGCCAUCAGCAUAGAGCCAUCCAAAGUGUUGCCACACGAGGAAGUAUCCGUGACUGUCAAUCCGGUCACAGUUGAGAAGACUCAGAGCUCACAAGUCACCAGCCAGAAGACCUUGACUCCAGGGGAGGUUACUCUUGAUCCCAGCAUUGUUAGUGCAUCAGCACAGGUGGACACCUCUCAGACCACACCAGCUCUGGACUCUGUUACCCUGGUGAGGUCUCAAGUGGAGGAAAGCAAGCCCUUUGACACCACCAUCAAUCAGCCAGUUGGGUCUUUGGAUUCAAGUGAAAAUAAUCAGAAUCAAAAUGCCGAGAUGGAAAUGUCCUCAUCCACUACAGAGAUAGUUUCUACUAAGGUCACCAUGACAAAAGAUCAACCCAACGCCAGCGACAACCUCGAGAUAUUUGACAAUGAUGCUGAGGUCAUGUCCAGUAUAGUGGACAAGCUAGCUUCAGCCAUUCUGGACGAUCCAGAGAAUGGACACUCUCGGAUCAUUAAUGACACAGUGCUGGCAGAAAAUGCCACGCAGAAGAGUUCAGGAAUGCCCCAGAAAGACCUUGGCCUUGUUAAUGUAAAGGUUCCUGUCCUGUCUUACUCCAAACGUGAGAUUGCACUAAUGAGACUGGCUAACAGAAUCAACGCCCUGGAGAUGAACGUCACCCUUAGUAUAAGAUUUUUGGAGAGGAUGAGUCAAAAGUUUAAAACCAAGUCAGAUGAGAUGAUUAAAACACUCAACAAGACUGACACUAAGCUGGAGGAGACCGCGCUGGAGGCCAAAGUCAAGGGAAAGGAACAAGAUGAACAUAUGAAGAACAUGGAGAUAAGACUGAGGAAUCUAACUGUAAUGAUGGAGGAGAUGGUACACAGCAUGGACACCCUCAACCAGAAGGUGACAGACAGACAGAUGGUAUGGACCUCAGUGGAGGUCUUCAUUCUGAUCGUGAUUUUUAUGGUGUGUCUCAAGCGCGGAAAAUCAACACCAUAUAUACCAGUGUCACCCGAAGUUCAAAAACUUCUUCAAAUUUUUCCAAGUGAAAUGGAUCUAACAGCAUUACCCAGAAGAAAUUCAUUCCACGGCACAAUUCAACACAAUUCUGCUGAGCUGGCAAUGGGUUCUCUUCAAAGGUACAACAGUGAAACAGCAUUAGCAUGUAAGUGGCAAGAUAUUUCCAGCUUUGAUCCAGGAGGCACCACCAAAGAUUCCUCGGGUAUCAGCCAGCAAAAAGAUAUGCCAAAGAGGAAGAAGAGAAAGAAGAAGGGUCCUGAAGUAAAGAUUUGUGAUGUCCCCAGUUCUUCAGAUUUUAAAGAUGAUUUGGCUCUGACUGAGUCACAUACAAAUUUCAACAGUGCAGGGCUUUUGUUUGGUGCCAGCCCAGAGGAGACAACUGUUUGUGAAAAGUUAAAUAGGACAAGCAGCCAAAGCUGUAAGUGGAAUUUUAAUUCUGACAACAAACUUGUUUGCCAGCCUGAGGUAGAUUCAGCCUAUUGUAAAAGUACUUACUCAGAUACAUCUGUUAACAGUAAAGGUCAGGGGUCAAAGGUUAGAGUGACCUGCUCCUCCAAUGAUAUACAAGGUAGUGUUCCUGGAGGUAAUAGGUUUAAGGUGAAGGCUCAUUCUUUUACAAAUGAGCUACCUGUUUCUGUGAUAUCUUCCAAACCCCCUAAAUGUCCUGGGGUCCCUCAAGGAGGAGUAAAGUCCAGGCGAGGGAGCCCGCCAAUGACACGUGCCCUUGCUGACCCAGGGGGAGGGGGAGGUGGAGCUGCAAAAAAGAAACGACAAAAUUUUGGCCACAGCAUUCCAUCGGACAAUAGUAGCCAGACACCAGCCGAGAUAGAAACAAUACGGCCUAAUGUCAAUGGUAACCAUGUCUCUACCAGUCUGUGUGUGUCUCAACAACACCGACCAAAGAAGAAGUCCCAUAUGCGGGCAUCCAGUGCUGACCUGUCGUCCUCCUCGAGGGUAGACACCAGCGCCACCUCUUGGAAAAAACUCAUUGGAUGGAAAUAAGACAACAUAACUAUGACAAUGAAUGUGUGAUAACUGUUAAUGAUGAAAGAGAAAUGUGUAGCUAUGUGUAAUAGCAUUACCUGGUAAAAACAGGGAAAACUCUACUGAAUUCCUUAUAGAUGUAUGUAACUGGGAAACAGUGAUUUGUGACUGUUUGUUGUUGUUUGGUAUCCAGGUUUAAGCAGUGUAUUAGGCAUAUAGACAGAUACAAGUGUUAGGUGAACAAGUAACACAAAUAAUCUCCUUGCCUUUCCACCAGAUUGAGAAUUGUUGAAUAAUUAAACAAUUUGUGCAAUAGAUUUUUAAGCUUAACCAAUAUCUUUAUUAAUGUUAGCCUGUUGGUACAACUUAUCUGAAGAAAGUAAACUGAUCAAUACUGUCCACUGAUUGGUUGAAAUUUGCGAUAUUUACCCUACGCUUCCUAUAGUGAAGUGCAAGCUAACUCUGAAUUUCAGAAUGAUGUUUUGUGUGUAUGAAAUCAAUUCUUUAAAAGAGUCCUUAACAAGUAACUUCUAAAAGCAUACAGGUUUGGUAUACAUGUCACUUAUAAAAUUUAAAUUGUGUAAAAAAUUAUCUACUUUAAAUGAUGUAGAUAUUGAAGAGCUCAUAGUUCAGGAGAGCUUAUCAUUCACAGGAGCUAAAUAUUCAUUGGUGUUAUUAGCUACAAGAAUCAAUGCUUUCAAGCUCUAAUGUUGCACAGAUUGUGUUCAGAUGGAAAAUAUCGCAAAAAUACAAGCCAGCGUGAUCCCAUACAGCACUGUAUAAUAAAUACUGUGUGUGGAUAACGACCUUUUAAAAGUGAUAUAGUUUAGUUCCUGGACCGACCAUUGUCCAUACAGCAACACCAUUGUCUCGUCAUUGUGACCUGAUAACAGUUAAAAUUGAUGAUGUUUUGUCUCAAUAUAAGAUUGGUUACUGUAUACCUGUUAUUAUUCUUUGAUUAUUUAUAUAUGUAUGUGAGACAGGUGACUAAUCCACAGAGCUUUACUUUGUAACCACCCCACCCCCUUUACACGAACCCUACUAAUCCACUAAUCCACAGAGAUUAACUUUGUAACCCCUUCCCCUUUACACAAACCCUACUAAUCCACAGAGCUUUACUUUAUAAACCUUCACCCUUUACAAGAACCUUACUAAUCCACAGAGAUUUACUUUAUAACCCCUCACCCUUUACACGAACCUUACUUACACCCAACUACCUGUAAUGUUCCAUUACACAUACUUAAAAUCUCCACCCACAACCUCCCCCCCCCUUCCCUUUCCCCUUCCCUUUCCCCUUCCCCUUCCCCACUCCCCCUUACCAAUCCAAAUGUGUGUCAUUAUAUUGUAUAACUCCAUUAUUUUGGAAUUAUUAUCAGUACAAUUUAAUUUUGAUUUAAAAAAAAAAUAUUAUUGAUAGCUCAGUAUACUGUCAAAGAUGAUUGAUCAAAGAUCCAGAUAUGCAAGCUUCCUUUGUUUCAUAAUCUUCAAACAUGGCCAGUUAAGAUUUCAACAGAUUUGUCAACAUUUUCCCUGUAACAUUGUACUUACAACAGACCUGCUAAUGUUAUACCUGUAAUAUAGUUUACUUAUAUGUGCUGUAUACAUAGCUCCUGUGCUUAAACUUUGACAUGGACUCUUCGGCAAAUCCUACUUACCCACUCAAUGGGUAUUUACAUAUUUGAUGCAUUUGUUAUAUAUUUGUGAAGAUUUCGGGGUGGAGGAAGUUUCUUGCUGUGUUAUGUAAUUUAGGAUUUAAAGUCGUGCAAUAGUUUUGAAAAUCAAACAGUGAACCACAUGAACAUGUAGUAGUGUCAGUCUCCCUGAUUUUGAUGUGUAUUCCAAACUCUCUGGCUUCCUUUCAUCAAAGUGAGUAUUUAUGAAAAAAAAGGUCAACAUUGGGGAAAAAUGUCAGAAAUUUGCUUCCAGAAUUAUACCCACUGUACAAACAAAGGGAUGAUUAAUCUUAAUGAAAAACACGGGUUGUCAUAUAGGACGACACAACCCCGUGUGUGGCUAGUGAGACGAGGCCGAAACAACCCCGUGGGUGGCUAGGG